GAAGUUUGAGUUUGUUUAGAAAACAAAACAAAGUUAGUUACACUUACACACACACCGAGAUGUUCUGCUCCUAGGAUAUAGUGAAACAAACAAACCACGGAGUUUAUAAAUACCACUCACGAUCGCUUAUUCUCUUUCAUCUGAAUUUGAAUUCUGAAUCACCACCACCACCACCAUGUCUAGGGUUCCGACGAAUCCUUCUCCACCUCCUUCACCACCUUCAAUGCCUUCCAUCAUCAAAGCCUACGCACUUCCUCUUCUUCUCUUCUCUGCUGCCAUGUUCUACCAGCUUUUUCUUAUUCCCAAUGCUUUUCCUCCUUCUCAUUAUGAUGUUCUGAGAAUUAAGAUGUAUAGUUCGAUUGAUGAAGUGAAGGAAGCUUAUGUCAAUCUUGAAUCUAAAUGGAAUUCGGAUGUGGAAGUAUCUGAUGUCUGCGAGUUUUUAAAGAUUCGAUAUGCCUAUGAGUUGCUGACUAAUCCUUUAUGGAAAAGAGACUAUGACUUAUUUGGCAUUGAUGAACAACUUCAUAUCAUUGAGAGUGCCAAUAAGCGUUAUGCUGGGAAAAGCAUUUCAGAAUUGGAAUUCCCUUUACUACACACCCCUUCCUCUGAGUCUAUUGAUCAUUCUACUAAAGUCAUUACCGCAAGUGAUUUCAAGUCUAUAUUUCCAGAUUCAAAACCAUGGCUAAUUCAGUUAUAUUCAUCGGGAAGCAAUCGUUGUGCUGAGUUCUCUAAGUCCUGGAAUAAAAUUGCUUCUUUAUUGGAUGGAUUUGCAAAUACUGGUGUGGUUGAACUGGGCGAGAAGGAGGUCGCUAUUUACUUUGCUGAUAAAAGACCAACAGGGAAACCCUUUUUCAGAAAUGGAAUUCCAUCUCUUUUUGCCAUUCCCCCUGGAUGUCGUUCCGCAAAAUGCUUUAGUAGGUUUGACGGUGAGCCUACGAUUGACGCAGUCACAAAUUGGUUUGCAACAACUGUAUUGGCUUUACCUCAAAUUAACUACUACACAAAAGAGUCAUUGGUGGCGAAUUUUUUUGGAAAAAGUAGUCAUCAUAAGGUGAAAGUAAUAUUUUUCUCAAAAUCUGGGGAGCGUGCUUCUCCAUAUAUACGACAAGUAGCAAAAGACUAUUGGGCUCAUGCUUCAUUUGCAUUCAUUCUCUGGCGGGAAGAGGAAUCAUCCUAUUGGUUGGGGGCAUUUGGAGUAGAAUCUGCACCUGCUAUAGUAUUUCUUAAAGACCCAGGUGUCAAACCUGUUGUGCACCAUGGUUCAGUUGACAAUUCAUUGUUUUUGAGUAUGAUGGAAAAGAAUAAAGAUCAAGAACUACCACAACUAAGGAGUGUGACGUCGAUGGAGCUAGGCUGUGAUCCCCGUGGUUACUCUCGUGCUGGAUAUGAUACAGUUAUUUGGUAUUGUGCUAUUGCAGUGGGAAGGCCAAGUGUAGAGUUGAACAGAAUGCGUGAAACUAUUUGCAGGGUCCAAGAUACAUUGGCUAAGCAAAGUGAGUUAGAUGCAUCAUCUGAAAAUGAAUCCUUGGCUCCAGUUGUGGAUGCAUUUAAGAGAAAGCGGUUGACAUUUGCUUGGCUUGACAGUGAAAAGCAGAAGGACUAUUGCCAAUUUUACCUUGGUGAGGGUGCAAGCGAAGCCACUUGUGGACAACGGAAGGGAAUGACUGAUAUUCCUCGGUUGCUUGUUAUUCGUUACCUAAGGAAUAGUAGUGCUAUUGAUACGAGAACACAGGAUCUUUCAAAGUGGAAAUCAUUACUGGUCCAAGAUUUAAUCGAUGAUACCGAUCAGGCAGGCCAGUUUGUAGCUGGGUACAAGGGCACAGCUGAUGAUUCAGAGAUAACCCAAUGGCUUUCAAAUAUAAUAAAAGAUGGUGACUCCAGAGAUUUGCCAUUCUUUACACUAAGAACUCCUAAGCUUGUUCCAGAUGACACAGAACCUAUCUGGUCUAAAACUGCACAACAGAUUCCUUUAAAAAAUAUUAAGCAGCAUAUUCUUGGUGUUAUUGGUGGACUUUCUGUGUAUCUCGAUGAUCCAAGAAUCGGUCCUUUUCUGCUUUUGGCAGCCUUAAUUUCUCUGGGCACCAUAUGGCUUAGAAGAAGCCAACAAGUUCAUCUAUCUCAGUCAAAACAACCAACUCAACCAAGUUCCACGGAGCCUCCCUCCCACGAUGAAAGAAAACCGAGACCAACUGACCGGGUCCGGAGACCGUCCGGUAAAAAAGCACCCCCUUCCAUGACAGAUUUCGAACCAUCUGAUGCUUACCAGAUGCCACUUCCAGACUCUGAUUCCGAUUAGUUUCAAUGUGGUUUCUCCUUAAAGGAAAGGAGUUUUCAUAACAUAGUGUUUACAUUGUCUAAAGUUCAAUGAAGCUCUUGCAUUUUGUUCUUGAUAUGGAGGUUUACAACAUGAUACAAGAAUGCAACCAUGCAACAAGUGAUUAGGACCCUUACAUCAAUAUAUUCCAAAAUCAUUACAUUUGUUUUAUAAUGUGUAUAAAAAUGAGACGGAGUUUUUGACUAUUCCAAACAUAACUUAUUUGAUUCUUUUACCAACAUCAUGUAAAAAGCUUACUGGGAAUUCAUUUAUUAGCAUGUUUGUUCUAAUGAGAUGGAGCAAAUUUCUAUA